AUGCGGAACCCCUUUGAUUUGGACAACGACAGUGUUGAUGGGGACUCAGAGGUCGCCGAAGAAUUUGAGCUUCCUCACCACUCACGUCACCCACAGCCUGACGAAACAGACGAUGGCGACCGCGCAAUCCUACAAGAUGAGGACCAUCGCGGGGACGAUUUGAAGGAGCGUUUUAUUGGCACCAUUGAUCAGGGUACGACUAGUACUCGUUUUAUUAUCUUCGACUGCACAGGCACACCCAUUGCCAAAUAUCAGACGGAAUUCCGUCAACUUCAUGAACAUCCAGGAUGGCACGAACAAGACCCCUAUGAAUUGGUGGAGUCGGUCUUUAUUUGCAUUGAGGAGGCUAUGAAAUCCUUCCUUGCGUUAGGCCACUCCCGAUCCGAUAUUGAGGCUGUAGGAAUUACCAGUCAACGAGAAACUGCUUUGGUGUGGGACUGGGAAACGGGCGAGCCCCUCCACAAUGCUAUUACAUGGACCGAUACCCGUACCAUCAACCUGGUGCGAGAGUUGAAGGAAAAGCCCGGUGCCGAUGAGUUGGUGAAUAUUUGUGGUCUACCCCUCUCUACAUACCCCUCAUCCGUCACAUUGCGGUGGAUGCUGGAUAACCUUCCUGAUGUCCGCUCCGCAUAUGACGAUGGUCGUGCCGCCUUCGGUACGGUCGAUAGUUGGCUUAUCUACAACCUCAACGGAGGUCCUCAGAACAAGCGCCUCGUUACCGAUGUGACCAAUGCUUCGCGUACUAUGUUUAUGAACCUCGAGACCCUCCAAUACGACGACCGACUUCUUAAGUUCUUCGAUAUUGAUCCUAAGAAGAUUCGCCUCCCCGAAAUUUUCCCAUCCGCAGACAAGGAGGGUUUCGGUGAGAUUUGUGAGGGCCCGCUGGAAGGUGUUCGCAUCACUAGCUGUCUGGGUGAUCAGGCUGCUGCGUUGGUCGGUCACUGUGCGUUCACACCCGGAUCUGCCAAGAACACUUACGGUACCGGUUGCUUCCUUCUUUAUAACGUUGGCGAGAAGCCUGUGAUUUCGAAACACGGCCUACUCGGCACAGUUGGUUUCCAAUUGGGCCGAGACCGAAAACCCGUUUAUGCGUUGGAAGGAAGUGUGGCUGUGGCAGGUAGCGGUGUCUCAUUCCUCAUGAACAACAUGGGUUUUUUCCGUGAUUCACGCAAGGUCAGUGAUUUGGCUGCGACAGUGCCCGAUAACGGAGGCUGCAUCUUCGUUACUGCAUUCAGUGGUCUCUUUGCACCAUACUGGAUUGAUGACGCCAAGGGAACUAUCUGGGGUAUCACUCACCACACCCAACGAGGACAUAUCGCUCGUGCGACCAUGGAAGCGGCAUGCUUCCAAACCAAGGCCAUUCUGGAUGCCAUGGAGAUGGACAGCGGCAAGAAGUUGACAGAAUUAGCUGUCGAUGGUGGUAUGAGUAACUCGGAUAUUUGCAUGCAGACCCAAGCUGAUAUUAUUCAAAUCCCCGUCGAACGUCCAGCCAUGCACGAAACCACUGCCCUCGGUGCCGCAAUUGCCGCCGCCUUUGCCAUCGAUGUAUGGAAAGAUUUCUCUGACCUCAAACACAUGAAUCGUGCCAAUCGUGCUACCUUUGAACCCAAAAUUUCUACAAAGGCCAGCGGAAAGAUGUACAAACAAUGGUCCAAGGCCGUGGAGAUGUCCCGCGGUUGGAUGGAGCCCGGAGAAGAAUCAGAUGAUGAUGAGUAA